UGAUCCAAAUAGCGUCGAUGCUGUAAAUAAUGCUCAGGAGUCAUCUCUGCACUUAGCUGCUCAGCACGGCCAUGAUCAUCUUGUUCGUGUUCUUCUCGAGGUCAAUCAUUCUCCUCUCCAUGUCCUUCAACGGCUUAUUCAUCCCAUAACUCUUCUUUCAACGAGUAUCUGUAUAUUUAAUCAUCAUGCCGAUCCACGAAUACGCAAUGCUCGAUUCGAAACUCCUUUAGACGUAGCCGCUCGCACCGGACAUGCUGUAGUUUGCAAAAUUCUCGUCGCCUUCUGUCCUGAGCUUACCCUUCAGUCUGCUGUUGACUGCUCAUCCACUGGAGAAAGCGGACAGAUUCGUGCUCCAGUAGUUUAUCCACUGCACGCAGCUGCUAGACAUUCUCAUAUACAGUGCCUUCAGAUUCUUCGACUGGGAGGAUUUGACAUCGACUUCGUCACAGAUGAAGGCUCUGCAUUGCAUGUUGCUGCCAUGUUUGGACAAGUAGAAGCGGUAAAAUAUCUAACCAACGAAGGAAUCAACCCACAUGUGCGAGAUAGCAAAGGCCGAACUGCGCUUGAGCUACUGCGAGAACAUGAACAGCAUCGAACCUCCGAUCUAACACAUAUUAUUCAGAGUCGUGAGGGCUGGAGUGAGUGCCGUCAGAUAAUCGAAGCGUACAUAAAACGGCUGGAGUCUGAUCAUUUCAACUCAUCCAGCGAUUCGGGUAUAGAUCGAAGGGAUUCAGAACGGAGUGUCGUUGAUGAUGAUACCAGCUGCGAUGUGUGGCGACCCUUACCUUCUACUGUUAAUGGUUGGCUUUUACAAUCAGUCGUAUCGAAGCUUAAAAAACAUACAUAA